CAUAUGAUGAUUCCUUAUGUGCCAAUGUUGGUGCCUCCGAAAAAAUGGAAAGGGUAUGACAAAGGCGGGUACUUUUUCUUACCUUCUUAUCUCAUGCGAACUCAUGGAUCGAGGCAGCAACAAGAUGCUGUUAAGAAAAUUGCUGUGAAACAAAUGCAGAAAGGAUACGAGGCCCUGGACACACUAGGAAAUACCAAAUGGAGAGUUAACCGAAGAGUUCUGAGUGUGGUGGAGAGCAUUUGGGCUGGAGGUGGCAACAUUGGAGGCCUGGUUGAUCGCAAAGAUGUGAGUGCACCCUGAAAUUUCUUCUUUAAGCAAACAACUUCCCAUUCAGUGUGGAUGUUUGUAUGGUGCAUUUAGUGAUAAUAUUCUUGUAAGAGUGGUCUACCAUUGAUAGCAAGGUGGUUGUCAAUUCGUCACUAUAGAG